AUGGAAAACGCCACAAACAAACGUAAAGCCUCACCAGAAAUCACCACAGACGAUGCUGCUGGCAAGCGCCUGAGGCUCGAUGAAGACCAGACACCAGCGCCGCCAAGAAACAACGCCGAUACCUUGACGGCCGAGGGCGCCUCAGAUGACUUCAAUUCAACCCGCAACGGAGAUGAAUCAUUCACGGGGAAAUCACCAGCAACGCGCCAUACCGACCGAAAUCCAUCACUCCGACGCUCACCCGCAGCGCAGAGACGACCGUCGGCAACCGUCGCCGCUGGCCCACCAACACGACACAAUGUGAGCCAGGAGGAGAAGAAGCGCGGGCAGCGGUUGUUUGGCGGGCUAGUCAGCGCGCUCAAUCGGUCCGCGUCCGGCCCGCAGCAGCAGAGGAGGCGUGAGAUUGAGAAGCGACAGCAGGAAAGAGCGCAGCAGCGGCGGGUGGAGGAUGAGAAGCGCCGGGCGGAGAAGCUGGCGGGGUUGAAGAGGAGGCGAGAGAUUGCGCAGGUUGAGCUGGAUGAGCAGGCGAUGAAUACUCGGCACGCGGCGAUGCUAGACAAGGCCCACAGUCUGCACACAAAGGCCGAGCCGAGACUUUACUACCUCCCGUGGGAAACCACGAUAGAGCAAGACGACAUUGUCGAGGACCAAGUCGAUGAGGCGGAAGAGACCGUCGCCCGUGAACGAGCGGACUUCAAGGCGCGCAAGGAACAGCGGCUCCGGGCGUUGAGCGUCAUACCCCGGCCACGAUCUCCCUCACCUCCUCCCCAGAAGUCGGAGCAAAAACCUGACCGAAAGCCGGAGCCGGAGCUUGAGCCGGGGCCGGGGCCGGGACCUGGGCCGGAAGCGGAGACCGAGUCAGAGGUCAAGCCAGAAACAAGCACAAAAGGCAUAGCUGUACCAUCACCAAAAACAGGAGAUACUACAGAGCACGACGAGCAAGGCGAUGUGGUCUUGCACGACGAGGAGGAUACGGUGAUAUACUAA